AUGUAUGGCAAAGGGUCACGGGAAGAUGGAAACCAAAGCUCCUUGGGGGAAUUCAUCCUGCUAGGUGUGUCUGACCGGCCGCAGUUGGAGCUGCUGCUCUUUGUGCUCAUCUUAAUCUCCUACACCAUAACCUUGCUUGGAAACACCACCAUCAUCCUGGUCUCAUUGCUAGAUCCUCAUCUCCACACGCCCAUGUAUUUCUUCCUCAGCAACCUCUCUUUCCUGGACCUGUGUUACACCACCAGUGUUGGCCCCCAGAUGCUGCUGAAUUUCCGCAGCAUGCACAAAUCCAUCUCUUGGGCUGGCUGCGUGGCCCAGCUCUACAUCUCCCUCUCUCUGGGUUUAACUGAGUGCCUCCUGCUGGCCAUCAUGGCCUAUGACCGCUAUGCCGCUGUCUGCCAGCCGCUGCGCUACACGGCCAUCAUGAGCCACCGCUUCUGCCUGCAGCUGGCGGCCACUGCUUGGUUGUGCAGCUUCGGCAACUCCAUGCUGCAUACAAUUCGCACCAUGAGGCUGCCCCGGUGUGGGCAGAACCAAAUUGAUAACCUCUUCUGCGAGAUACCAGCCCUGCUCAAACUGGCAUGUGUUGACACCUCUGCCAAUGAGGCCGAGGUCCUCGCCAGCUCAGUGAUUUUCCUGCUGGUCCCACUGGGCUUCAUCCUGAUGUCCUACGGCUACAUCGGUGCCGCUGUGCUGAAGAUUCGUUCAGCGAAAGGCAGGAUCAAGGCCUUCAACACCUGCACCUCCCACCUGGCCGUGGUGUCGCUAUUUUACGGCACAGGCAUUUCCAUGUAUCUACAGCCUCCAUCCAGCUACUCCCAGCACCGGGGCAAAAUAGUAUCCCUCUUCUACACAAUGGUGACCCCCAUGCUCAACCCCGUCAUCUACACGCUGAGGAACAAGGAGGUUCACGGAGCCCUGCAGAGGGCACUGAGGAGAAAUGUAACCGCCCAGGGGAUCUGA